GCUCCUCCCUACUUUACGGUCAAAUUCAAAUUCAUCUAAAAAAGGACAAAAAAUUAACAACAAUAAACUAUUGCCAUACAAGAACGCUCAAAGCACUAAGCCAAGAAAAAACACUAUUUUCUUUCUCUUCUUUCACAAUUUUCCGCCGCCUCUUAAGUUUCUGUGUUUUCCCCUUUAAGAAUUUUGAGUUUUGAUUAGGUUUUUAUGUCCAAGAUGAUGAUGAGAUCAAACCGUAAACCCCCACUUGCUACUAGAUCACCUGUUGGCCUUCGGAAUCGCCGUGUUCUUCAAUCUACUCCAAACUCCAUUCGAACCCCACCAGGUUCUUUGGCAAAAACUCAGUUGCCUAGGAGGUCGAGCAGCAGUGUAGAAGAAUGGGAACUUCGUCCAGAGUACCGUACCAUUUCUUGUGAAUUAAGGGCUUUGGCAAAAAUGGUGGAGAACAAAUUUGGUAACGAGGAUGUGAAUGCUGCUGAUAACUCUGAUUCAUUGAAUUCAAAGAGGAGUCCUUUAUUCGAAAGGGGGAGGUUUUAUGAAGAGUAUUCUGCUAGAAGGAAUGAGAGAUUGAAGAGGAAGAAGGGCGGUGACACCGGGGAUGAGAAGAAACCAGUGUAUGAUUUGGGAGUUAGAGUUGAAUCUUCCAAGAAAAGAGGAGAGCCUAAGAAGUUCCAAAGCGCGAGGAAAUCAGUUGUUGCUUCUACGCCAAUUGCAGAGAGGAGAGAAACUCCGAGGUAUUUCUUGAGAAGCACAGCUAGUAAGGAGAACAAGAAGCCUCCUUUGCCGAUCAGCAUGGACAAGUCUGUGGGGUUAUCAGAGAGGAGAACUGCAGCCAGAAGAGUUGGGAAAAUUUGAGUUGGAAUGAACUUGAUUUUACCUCCUACAGAUGCUUGAUAACCCCCCCCCCCCCCAUAGAUUUCUAUUGAACAAAAAAACUAAUAGUAGUUUGUUGAUGGACGUGGAUGGCAAAUUUACUUAGUUCUGUGGCAAAAUAUGCAGAUUAGGGUGUUUGAUGUUUGAAGUACAAUGAAGAAGCUAUGUAGCUGAUAGCUUCAGUUCACUUUCAUGGGUGAUGGUUAUAUGAAUUUUCUUUUUUGUGCUGCAUCUUUAAGUUUAUUGUGCAUUUUAUUCAUGCAAUCUUCAUAUUCCAAAACAAAAAUUUAUCCUGUUUAUUUUCAAUCAA